AGUAGGAAGAGGAGGGGAAAAGGAAGGACAAAAAAAGACAAACGGACAGAAAGAAAGCAAGAAGUGGGGCACACUACACUGUUUGUUUUCAUAGCAUUGCAUGAUAACAUAUAAAGGUCUGUAGACUUUCUAUUUAAAUGCACAGAUAAAUCUUUGCAAGCGGCUUCCAUCUUUAUUUGAAGGAUAACAAUAGGCCACUGGGAGGACUCUCGAGUUUAAAGUGCUUUGAGUUACUUGCAAAGUAAAAGGAGACACGCGGUUUGAAGUCCAGUAAGUGCUUGAUGCAGCCAUUUCUAGCGACAAGAGCAACUACCAACCGUAGAAGUUACUUUAUAUGACUUUACAAAUAUUAUCAAGUCGUUGCCAAAUGCCAUAAGCAUUGCUAGAAGAAAAAAAAUCUAGAAGUGGCAGUUGAAAUCACACUGCUGUCCACCUCAUCUAACACGGAGCAGAUCCGAUCUACUUGAUCAGCCGGUAUUUCAGAGGAUAUUUCAGGACUAUGGCGGCGGUAACAAGCCCAGAGUCGAGCCAACCAGCUCGCGUUUACUUCCAGACGCCCCCCGGCUCGACUGAAGAAGCCGAAACCCCGGUCCGAAAGCAAGGACGGGUCACGGUGAAAUACGACCGAAAAGAAUUAAGAAAGAGACUUAAUUUGGAGGAGUGGAUUAUUGACCAGCUGACGGAUCUCUACGACUGUGAGGAGGAAGCAAUUCCAGAGCUGGAAAUUGAUGUGGAUGAACUGUUGGACAUGGAGAACGAUUCAGACCGAGCCGCUCGAGUGAAGGAACUGCUGGUAGACUGUUAUAAACCUACUGAAGUGUUUGUAGCUGAAUUGCUGGACAAGAUCCGUGGCAUGCAGAAGCUCAGUACUCCGCAGAAAAAAUAAAGCUCCUUGCACCUCCACUCCUCCUCAACCAAUCCCAUUCCUUGAUUUCCACUAUUAGGGGUAUGAUUACCCAUGAGCAGGUGCUCUUCCAGUCCCAUCGCUCCUUUGCAUUCGUUGGGGAGAUGGUGGAGGUUAAGUUAUGAGAAAGUCUAGCCAAUUAGAUCCUUAUAAGCAGGGCUUAUUUUCUCAACUUAAGUUUGUGUUAUUUUAUUUCACUUGUUUUGUAAAGGGGGAAGGAUUUAUUUGUUUUGAAGUGCUUUUAGACAUCAUGUGUUUUCAUAUUGUUAUAUAUCUCUAUGCAUAAUUGUCUCUAUGCAUAGAAUGUUUUUUUUCUGGUUUAAGUAUUUUUAUUUUUUGUUAGGAUUUUUUGUAAUUUUGUUUCAGAGCUUCCUGUGUCCUCACUAGACACAUGGACUAAAAUGUACUGUUGUUAGUAAAACUGUGACCUUUGGUAUAUAAUGAUGUCUGAGGAGAUCAGAAAGAAACAGCCUUAACGAUUUAUUUUUUGUUUUUGAUUCUAAUUAAAUUGAUAAUUGUGCAGUUAAGGGCUUGGAGGUCAAAUGUUCAUGAAACUUUUAAUAACUAAUAAAGUGAGUAAGCAAAUGCCGCUGUUCUCAAGGGGAUGGAUUUACUUGGUUUUUUUUUAGAGGGAGGGAGCUGUGAGUAGGAAAAAAAAUCAAGUUUUUAUUUCACACCACACACACUGUGUCAAAACUCGGGCACGACCGCCCUCGAGGAUCAGGAGGAACAACUAUACACAAACAUCUGCAUCACAAACCACAACUGUGGCUUCUAACAUGCAUCUAAAGAUAUGCACACUGACAAAGACACACAAGGAGGAAGGCAAUAUGAGCAUGAAAGACAACUUGCAGUAUGUCAUUCACACUGCCAAGCGUACGGUCUGAAUUAAUCCUUUCACGUGACUCUGCUAAAUCAUCUUUCCUAGGAAGCCAUCUGCUCUUUUUGUCUCAGCCAAUCAAAUGCUAUAAUAAGAGGGCUAAUACUUACACGCUGUGCUUUUCAAAUGUACCAUUCAGCAUUUCCAGCAAGCAUUAUAUAGAUGUUUUCCCAUUACACACUGAUGUUAAAAAUGCAUGCAUAAAAACUAUCCAGCACUUUCAAUGCACAGCUCCUGUUCUUCUCUGUCACCACAACCGUGUCAGUCUUUCCUCCAAUCCCCCCAUUUAUCAUUGGCUCUCUUUGUUUCACCAGCUCCGCAAGCAUUUCAUUUUACCUGAGAGUCACCCUUCAUACUCCAGAUGUUGCCUUAGGUUACGUUUAUGUUAUGAAAACCAAAUUAAUUUAAACAUUUGUAUGAGGAAUAUACAACAAAAAGAAAACAACAAUUUUACAAGCAAAAGUGGAUGAUGCUUUAGGAUGUACUUUCAAUGUUUUUUUUUUUUUAGAAAUGGAAGGUAGCUAUAUCAUGCAGAGUGAUUUUUAGAAGACAUAAAAUGGAUUUGUAUGUUUUUAUCAUUGUGAUACAAAGAAAAUAGUUGAUUCCUCUUUUCUAUGUCUAUUAGGACACGAGCAUUGAAAAGAUUUAAACUACUUCAAAGUGAAACAUGAAUUAGGAAAAAUGUACAAAAAAUUGUGUAAGAAAAAAAUAUCUCCUAGCAAUACUAAACUUGUUUUUUGCCCAAUUUGUUACACUUUUAUGCAACUUUAAUAAAAAUUUCUUAAAUUACAA